AUGAGAUAUUUGAAGUUUGGCUUGCUUUUUCUCUCCCUAUUUGAGCUGGGCUGUGCUCGAUCCGAUGCAUCGGCAGACUCACUUUCCCUCAACACACAAAACCUCCAAAGUGAUAUUAACACUGUCGAUCCAGUCCAGACCGAUCGCUAUGAUUUAGCUCAAGAAAAUCAAUCUGGCGAUUCGAACCUGCGUUUCUCUCAAUCUAAAUUUGAACAAUACAUUCAUCCUUCAUUGGAACGUAGAGAUCCAGCGUCAAGUCCUCAAAGUCUGGGUUUGGAAUAUCCGCAUCGCCUCAACGGAGUAGAAGACGCACACUUCUUCGGAAUGUGUGGAAAUGGAUCUGUGAUCGGAAUAAUUGGCUCAGGGAUCAAUGCAAACCACGAUUCCAUUAAAGGAAGAGUUCUUCCAGGAUACGACUUCACCACCAAUUCUUCUCUAGCAGAUGGAAACACAGAUCCAACUGGACAUGGAACAUUCUGUGCAUCUGUUGCAAUUGCAGACUCAAACAAGAUGUUGGGUGUGGCACCGCAGGCUAAGGUUCGGAUGUAUAAAGUCAAGGAUCUGAACGACGCACUGUAUAUCCUGGAUAUGCUUCGAGCAUUACAGCAAGCUCUCAAAGAUAAAGUCGACGUAAUUUUGGUCUCACAAGGUCUAAAUCUACCCUUUGAUGGCUCCGAUGCCGCUGAGCAAGUCUCUAAAGUGGCAGAACAAGUUCCAGUAGUCUUACCGGCAGGAGAUUUUGGGAAUAAGGGGCUUUUUGGAGGAAUGAGCGGCGCAGUAUCCGAUAAAACUAUUAUCGCUGGCUCGUAUGACACAAAGGCAGCAGUGGUCUAUGAGGCCGCAUUGAUUGAUGGAGAGUUCGAAACUAGCCUUCCGUACUAUACGAGUAGCGGGGUUCAAUUCGACACAAACUCAACGUAUGAGGCUAUAAUAGUGAAAGAUGCCUGUAGCACUUCGCAAGUUCCACAAGACGGCACUGGGAAGUUUCUCAUAGGCUACCUUGGAGAGACCUGUGGUCUGGAGAAGGCGAUCAAAUUGGCUGGCGACCGCAAUUUCAUCGGUAUCAUUCUUCAGUCCUAUGGAGACUACGUGAAGAAUUUGACGCUGAGCUCCUCAAUGCCGCAAUUUGUUGGAGCUACUUAUAGGGAGUUCAGCACCGACAAACCUAAAUUGAUGCUACAAUUACGGAAAAAAAACCCAGAAGAACCCUACAACAUGGAGACUCUUCUGACAUAUGACAGCGUUCAAAAGCCUAUUUGGUUGUCAGACUUUUCAUCAUGGGGACCAACGUUUGAUCAAAGAAUCUACCCUCACGUCAUUGCUCCCGGUGGAAACAUUUUUGGCGCAGACCAAGACGGGGGAUAUACCGUCAAAAGCGGGACUUCGUAUUCGGCUGCAUAUGUCGCCGGAAUGGUAGCGAUCCUCCUUGGCGCUCAAAUUAAUGACACUCUCACAAGCAAACAAGUUAGGAAUAGUGUUUUAGCUAGCACAUACUUUCACACCAGCUAUGUCUAUGUGACUGAUGAUUUUUCCAGCAACUGCCUUGAUAAGAAUCACAUUUAUGAGUCGAUCCUUAAGCAGGGAGCCGGUUAUGCUGAUGGAUCGGUGCUAUUCCAGCAGUUAGUCCUUUUAUCUGAGCCACACAUCCAUCUCAAGGACACGAAGAAUCGAGUUUCUUCUCACGUUAUCACCAUUCAAAAUUCAAGAGAUAAUUCUGUUUACAUAGUCAUGGACCAUACUAGUGCCGAAUUGAUAGAAGCCGCCGAUUCUGAUGGCUUCCUCGCAAAACCUUCGAUACCAUAUUAUAUUUCCGACUUCAACAAAACCUCAGAUGCCUCUCCUGAACCUCGAAACAUAGUGCUGUUUUCGCAGUCACACCUAAGACUCGGACCUGGCGAGAAGGGAUCAAUCAAUGUCACCAUUAACCCACCCCCAGGUCUCGACAAGAAACUCUUGCCAAUAUUUUCAGGAUAUAUUAACAUUUCAGUGAAUAAUGAUUUGAGCCGUAUGCUCAUUCCAUACAUGGGAAUGGAAUUUGAUGCUUCUGAAGUGGAUACCUGGAAUGGCCCCGUACAACUUGGAACAUUGCAAGACGGCAAAUUUGUGCCAGCUACAGAGAACCUCGGAAAUGUAGGCGAUUUCGAGUUCCCUGUGAUUUCGAACCCCAUGGCUUAUGGUUCCCCUUUCGUCUCGUUCGAUCUCGUCAGCGCCGACUAUAAUCCUUCGGAAUCAGAAUGGCCACCAAUGCCUGGACAGGGUGGGUAUAUCGGAUCUGUGCCACCUUCCCUGAAUAAAAGCAGAACAUUGUUUCCCUUCCCAAAUAUCCCCGCCACUAGCGAUAAGUUGUUUACGCUCGAGUCAUUCACGAAUGGUUCAACUAUUCCAAAGGGUGAUUACAAAAUGAUGUACAGGGCCUUGAAACUCUUUGGUGAUGCCAAAAAUUUUAAUGACUGGACUUUGCACUUGACUCCGAAAUUCACAAUAGAGAGUGACUUGAAGUCAAAUCCUAGUCUGUCGUUAACUGCCACUCGAACGACUAUUUCCUCACUGACCAGUCAAUCAACCGAAGCAAAAACGAACCACUCUAAGGGUUCUGCUUCUCACUUCAACGUUUCACAAUUACUUGUAGCUCUUCAGAUUCUAUUUGCUUUUGGUAUUUAG